UGGCUUCAAGGGUUUGGCAUGGGUACAACGCCUUAAAAAAGCAGAUGACCAGCUUAGCUACUGACCAUGCUGACCAUCGUCCGGAAUCGGACCAAACCACAGAAAAACAGCGAAUGGCUUUCUCCUAUAGAAUAUAUGAACAAAGCACAAUUCCUGAGCACAUUCUGCAGAGCUCAUUUGAUCACUUAAUCUCCUCUAAUUGGUCUGGAUUACAGAGAGAAUCGAUACCAGAGGAAAUGAAACAGAUUGGUGAGGAACAGGGAAAUAACCCACACUGGGCAGCUCUUCUGAUACUCAUGGUGAUAAUACCUACAAUUGGUGGAAACAUCCUUGUUAUUCUGGCUGUUUCACUGGAGAAAAAGCUGCAGUAUGCUACCAAUUACUUUCUCAUGUCUCUGGCAGUGGCCGAUCUGCUGGUUGGAUUGUUUGUGAUGCCGAUUGCUCUCUUGACAAUAAUGUUUGAGGCUAUGUGGCCCCUCCCACUUGUUCUAUGCCCUGCCUGGUUAUUUCUUGAUGUUCUUUUUUCUACUGCAUCCAUCAUGCAUCUCUGUGCCAUUUCAGUGGAUCGUUAUAUAGCCAUCAAAAAGCCAAUCCAAGCCAAUCAAUAUAACUCACGAGCUACAGCAUUCAUCAAGAUUACAGUGGUGUGGUUAAUUUCAAUAGGUAUUGCCAUUCCAGUUCCCAUUAAAGCGAUAGAGACUGAUAUGGGUAACCCAAAUAACAUCACUUGUGGGCUGACAAAGGACCGUUUUGGCAAUUUCAUGCUCUUUGGUUCACUGGCUGCCUUCUUUACACCUCUGGCGAUCAUGAUUGUCACCUACUUUCUCACUAUCCGUGCUUUACAGAAGAAAGCUUACUUGAUCAAAAACAAACCACCUCAACGCCUAACGUGGCUGACUGUGUCCACAGUCUUCCAAAGGGAUGAAACACCUUGCUCAUCACCUGAAAAAGUGGCAAUGCUGGAUGGUUCUCACAAGGAUAAAACUCUGCCCAAUUCAAGUGAUGACAUACUAGUGCGAAGAAUGUCCACAGUUGGGAAAAAAUCAAUGCAGACCAUUUCCAAUGAACAGAGAGCCUCAAAGGUCUUAGGGAUUGUGUUUUUCCUUUUUUUGCUUAUGUGGUGCCCCUUUUUUAUUACAAAUAUAACCUUAGUUUUAUGUGAUUCCUGCAACCAGACUACUCUUGAAAUGCUCCUGGAGAUAUUCGUAUGGAUAGGCUAUAUUUCCUCAGGGGUGAAUCCUUUGGUCUACACCCUCUUCAACAAGACAUUUCGGGAUGCAUUUUCCCGAUACAUCACCUGCAAUUACAGGGCCACAAAAUCAGUAAAAACUCUUAGAAAACGCUCCAGUAACGUCUACUUCCGGAAUCCAAUGGCAGAGAACUCUAAGCUUUUCAUGAAGCAUGGAAUGCGAAAUGGGAUUAAUCCUGCCAUGUACCAGAGCCCAAUAAGGCUCCGAAGUUCAACCAUUCAGUCUUCAUCACUCAUUCUACUAGAUACACUUCUCCUCACCGAAAAUGAAGGUGACAAAACUGAAGAACAAGUCAGUUACGUAUAGCAGGAAGGCACAAUUUUCAUCUAACUAAUAUAAUGAUGAGUAAGAUGAUGAAGCAGAUAUAAAUGUACCAAGAAUUACAUAAAAGAGAACUUCAUCAUGUAUCAAAUCAUCUCUUUAAACUAAGCGUUAUGUACUAAGAUUAUCCAGUUUUCUU